AUGGCCGAUCUGGAGCGUAGGGUUAUUGCUAUCAAGUUGGACAGUGUACAGUGUGCCCUGGUGGGUGAGAUCAUCAGGCACUUGGAGCAGCAGGGGUUUCAUCUCAUGGCCAUGAAGCUCCUACAGGCCUCUGAGGAACUCCUGAAGCAGCACUCCACUGACCUGAAGGACCAUCCAUUCUUCCCAGGGCUGCUGAAGCCCAUGUCCUCCAGGCCAGUUGUGGUCAUGGUCUGGGUGGGACUGACUGUGGAGAAAACGAAGCAAGUGAUGCUUGGGGAGACCAACUCAGCAGAUUCUAAGCCAGGCACCAACCAGGACUUUUGGAUUCAAGUUGGCAAGAACAACAUUCAUAGCAGCAAUUCAAUAAAAAGUACAGAGAAAGAAAUCAGCCUGUGGUUUAAACCUGAAGAACUGGUUGACUACAAGUCUUGUGCUUUUGACUGUAUCUAUGAAUAAAAUGUGACCAAAGCAUCAGUCCCCUUUGUCACUACUUGACGUGUCCCUA